CGCCGUUAACACUUAACUGGUGAAGCUAAUUAUUUUCUGUGAACUCUAGUUACCCUAAACCCAGCACAUUCAAAACUCUCUCUCUCUCUCUCUCUCUCUCUCUAAAAUUGACAUUCUCGCUCAUUGGAGUCGCCUGUGAAAAGCACUGAGCAGAGUUGAUAGUUUGAAGAGGCCAAGGAUCUGAACCAAGUUUUCUCUAACUCCUGUUUGGGAAGCUUCUGCAACAAAAGAAACUUCAUUAUCCAAUCUUCUAAGUAGCAAGAUAAUGAAGCGCAAGCGUAGUGGUGGGAAACGCAAACCAAAAAUGACCCCAAUGGUGGGUGCAAAGGAGGGAUUUCUAAAUACAGUCACUCUAAAUACUCAGGAUGUCUCUUUUCUGGAUGAUUAUGACAAUGCUGAAUUGUACUCAAGAAUGGAGACUGAAGCACCACAGAAUGGCAGCAAUGAGAGCAGGCAGCAAACAGCUAAUCUGUCCAGGAAUGCUAGGAGCAAAAUGACUAAAUCGCCAGGGGGCCUUGUUGCUUCAAGUAUAAAGCCAAGUAGUAAUACAAGAAUUGAGACUGAUGCACCACAGAACGGCAACAGUGAGAGCAGGCAGCAUACAGCUAAUCUGUUAAAGAAUGCUAGGGGAAAAAUUACUAAGUCAUCAAGGGGCCUUGCUACUUCAAGUAUAAAGCCAAGUAAUGAUACAGAAGUGGUGCAGGGUGGGAGGACACACCAAAAGGAUCCAAAAUUACCCAAGUCGUCAAGGGGCUCUGCUUCUUCAAGUAUAAAGGCAAAUAGUAAAACAGAACUGGUGCAGGGUGGGAGGAGGACACAUCAAAAGGAUCCAAAAUCAACUCUUCAAGAUCCUCUAUACAAAGAGCAAGAAUUAAAAGCUGCACUUGCGGUGAUUAGGAAAGUUAUGAAAAUGGAUUCAGCUCGGCCCUUCAAUCUUCCAGUGGAACCUAUCGCACUGGGAAUACCUAUAAGUAUUUUCCUUUCUUCAUAG